GAGAAGUCAGAGCUGUUGCCCGAACAACAGGGACGGACACUAGCAACACCAUGGCCCCUCCCCAAAAACUCACCAAGGCUGCUUUUCUAAGUAAACUAAAUCCGUAGACUUUAAAGUUAAAAGAAAUAGAAAAUCCACAAAGUUUCGCUGAUUCAUGUCAAAGGUCUUGUAGAAGGAAGCCUCUCGCUUCUCUUGGAAGCAACAGAUGGAGGCUCUGCCUCUGGGUUUUCAAUGUUGCUAACGCUAGCCGAGUGAACAGCUAUGCCUUCAAAGGUCUCCUGUUUCUACCUGUUGACCGUGGUUUGCUGGGCUAGUGCUCUGUGGUACCUGAGUGUGUCCCGGCCGUCCUCCUCCUACCUGGGCCAGCUGUCCAUCCCCAUUCGCAAGACAGCCAAGCUCCACAAGAACUCCACCUACAGCAACAUCCGCUCACGGCCUCUCAACCCGCAUGACUUCACCUUCCUCAUUAACGAGCCCAAGAAGUGCGAGCCCGAUGCCCCCUUCCUGGUCAUCCUCAUCAGUACCACCCACAAGGAGUUUGAUGCCCGCCAGGCCAUCCGGGAGACGUGGGGUGACGAGAGCACGUUCAGCGACGUGCGCAUCGUCACCCUCUUCCUCCUGGGCCGCAACACCGACCCGGUCCUCAACCAGAUGGUGGAGCAGGAGAGCCAGAUCUUCCACGAUGUUGUGGUGGAGGACUUCAUCGACUCCUACCACAACCUGACCCUCAAGACCCUGAUGGGCAUGCGCUGGGUGUCCACCUUCUGCCCCAAGGCCCAGUACGUCCUGAAGACGGACAGCGACAUCUUCGUCAACAUGGAGAACCUGAUCUUCAACCUGCUGAAGCCCACCACCAAACCCAGGAAGAGGUACUUCACGGGCUAUGUCAUCAACGGAGGGCCUAUCAGGGACAUGCGCAGCAAGUGGUACAUGCCCAGAGACCUGUACCCCGAGAGCAAGUACCCCCCGUUCUGCUCGGGGACGGGGUACGUGUUCUCCGCAGACGUGGCCGAGCUCAUCUACAAGACCUCCCUGCACACCAGACUGCUCCACCUGGAGGACGUGUACGUGGGGCUGUGCCUGCGCAAGCUGGGGGUCCACCCCUUCCAGAACAGCGGCUUCAACCACUGGAAGAUGGCCUACAGCCUGUGCAGGUACCGCAGGGUCGUAACUGUCCACCAGAUCUCACCUGAGGAGAUGCAUCACAUCUGGAACGACAUGACCAGCAAGAAACACCUCAAGUGUUAGCUACGCUGGUAAGAGGCUGUGGAGCUGUGCCAAGCAGGAGAGACAUCAUCACCCUCUCCUCUUUCCUCUUCCCCCUUCUGCCUCUCCCUCCUCCUUCUUCCUCUCUCCCUUCCU